AUGGCUGUACAAUCUGCACUUCACAAUCCAUUGCAUUACUCUCAAGGUAUAUUUGGAGCAGCACUUACAAGGCCAGAUUUGGAGGAGGUUGUCGUGAACAUGGAGCUUGCUGAUGAAUUGAACCAUUGUCGUUUCGACGCAGCUGUUCGGAUUGGUGUAUUCGAUAGUGCGGACACAUGUUUCACGAUUGCAUAUUCAUGUAUUAUGCUCAACACUUUGUUACACAAUCCAAAUGUGAAGGAUCGACCGACCUUGGAACGAUACCAAAGCAUGAACAAGCUAACAAUAAGUACAAGUAGUUACACGGAGCUGUUGGAGGCUGGGUCAGUCAGCACAGCAACUCUGGCGCAGAUAUUUGACUCAAUUCGAUCUCGAGAGUUUCAAAUACCAUGUGACGAUGCGGCGCGUCUCGAUAACAUAUUUCUGCAUCCUGAUCGAGAAGGCUGGUUGUGUAAGCAGAGUAGCAGUCAAUUUAUAUCUGGACCGUUAUCGUGGAAGCGGAGAUGGUUCGUCCUCAGUGAUUCGUGCCUGUAUUAUUUUGAUCAAACCACAGACAAGGAACCUCGUGGUAUUAUUCCUUUACAAAACGUGGGUGUACGACGAGUAGAGUCAGCUUCUCGCCCAUUCAUGUUUGAGAUAUUCUCAUUAUCUGAAGAUGGUCGGAUCAAAGCAUGCAAAACGGAGCAGACGGGUAAAAUGGUUGAAGGUCGGCAUACUGUGUAUCGAAUCUGUGCAUCAAGUACCGAAGAUCUGAAUGCAUGGCUCGAAGUUAUUGCGGGUGCUGCAACGCAUUAUCCGUCACGUCCACGAAGUGCCCACUAG